AUGGGCAACAAAGUCCACGUUACCGAGCAUACUGGCUCCUACAACGCAAUCUCGCACAAAUCUCCACACGGACUCCAGUGCCUCAAGAUUCUCUUCAGCGAAUAUGACAGCUCGAACCCGAGUCGGCUGGCGCUGAACGACCUUCUGACGGCAGACUUUCAGGAUAAUACGAACGGCAGCGACAGGAACACAGGCCGCGAGGAGACGAUCGAUACCAUCAUCUCUUCCCGAGCAAAAUGUACCAGGCACCAAAUCGACCUGAAACAUGCCUGGUGUAUCGAAAACUCCGGCUCGAGCCACACGGUCUUUUUUGAGGCGGUGCGAUUCAUGAUCCUCGACGGCGACCAGGACUGGACGAGGGUCCCUCUGUCCGGUCGCAUUGAGGUCAAAGUCAAAGAAAAUAGAUUCACGCUCAAGGAUGCCGUCGCCCAGAUCUCGAGCCGGAGAAUGACAUCCGACGCCAGCCAGCUGGUCAAGAAAGACCUAUCCCGAACUGCAACAACGAAAACAGUGCCCUUGAGCCCAGCUCAGACGCCAUCUCUUGAUCUACAACCCUCGACAAGCAAUCUCGUCUUGGGGAGCGUAUCAGAACUACCAGCUGCCCACAAUGUUUCGACCGAGAUCAAAUCCCCGCCAUCCUAUCGAAAAUCACAGUCCAGCAAAGGCGAGCCCACGGUAACGUCUGGGAGUUCGCUAGAUGUGGCUGAGUAG